AGUUAUGAAAUAUAAUAACAAAACUAAAGCGAAUUGCACAUUUGAUGAUGUUCAAUCCAAUGAGCUAAUAUUUGAACGUUUAAUAUUUAAAUACUCAUAAAAAACACAAGGACAUUAUUGAGGAAUUCAGAAUGUACUGACGAUGAUAAUGUAUACGAUAAAACUGCAUCUGUAAAAUAGAAGCUACUGUUUGAUCUGUUAAUAGAUUUCUGACAUUUGGUUUGAAAGAAGCGGUUUUGAAAUGUAUUCAUCAAAGAUGAAAUUCCUGAUUUUUCUGUAUAGUUUUGGAAUAGUUUGUUCACAAAGGUCCCCAUUGCGUCAGCUGCAAAUGGCUAAUAUGCUUCAAACAAGAAACAACCUCUUACAACAAGCUAUGCUUCAAAAUCUACGUAAUCCAGCCGUUUCACAGGGUGCCACUCCGAGUGUUAGUCAGAGUGUCCGACUGGUCAACCAGUUAAACCGAAUGACCCAGAAUAUGAUGAAUAAUUUAAAUGGUGGCACGCGCGCAGCAGCGCCGUCUUUAGGUGCAAAUAAUCUAAUUCCAGUGGACGUGUUGCUACGGCAACAAAGAAACUUGCAAGCCCAGAUGUUACAAAAUAUGCAAAACACUCAAAAUGUUAAUUCGAAUAUACCAAUCACUCAAAAUACUGGAUUUAAUCAAAAUCCGAAUGUUAAUACUCAAAGUACACAACAAACUACGGGUACUAAUGACGUCACAGUAGUCGUAGUACCGCGAAAUAACACCACUUUUCAAAACGUACAAACAGGCAACUCAAAUAUUCCUCAAACAUCGGACGUAAAUCCUUUUACUGCAAGCACUGGUAAUACAACAUUUGAAGACAUAUUUACCAAUUUUGGAGGUUUCAGUUUUCCAAGUACAUCAGCUGACUUCUGGACCGGAAGAACCGAUGCAAUAGGCAGUUCAACCGGAAGUAACAGACAGCCGACUGACGUUCCUUCCAGUAUAGUCCCAUCUACUGGUGGUUUUACAAACCUUAACAAUAGACAGACUACAGGUCAACGAACUACUUUCGAUCCAGCAACUGGAAUUACAUUUGGAAGCGGAUUUACCGUUGACCAACAGACGAAUUCAGGCACCGAUUCAAACACAGGAGUAAAUACUAGAACUGGCGGAACUACUUUUGGCAGAGGAACGAUAAGUGAAGUAGGAUCGACUUUCGACACGAGUCAGUCAAGCAGCGGAUCUACUAUUGGUGGAGGAAUUUCAACUGCACCGCAGACAUUUGGAAUAAAUUUGCCAGGUGGAUUUAGAAGCAACCAACCGACGACGGUCGGGGCUGGGACUUCGAGUGGUGCAACCAGUAUGAAUACUGGCGGAACGACAGGAACCAGGCAACCUGCUAUUGCUCCGGACGCACUGUCUUGUACAGAAGAGUACCAGAAGAUUCCUGGACACACCUUGUGUAUGACCGAUUCUUCACUGCUGACCAAAGCCGGCGUUAAUAUAGACGAUAGAUUGAGAAUCACACAAAUACACAACAGUCUCCGGGCCAGCGUUCAACCCCCUGCUGCCGACCUCGUUUCCCUGCAAUGGGAUGAUCGCGUAGCCGCAGUAGCACAGAAAUGGGCAAAACAGUGCAAACUGGCACAUGAUACAGAGAGAACAGUCCCAGAAAUGGGAAUGUCUUUUGGCCAGAAUGUAGCUGUAGGGUUUGAAACGUGGCCAGAAGCUAUACAAAUGUGGUAUGAUGAAAUUAGCGUGUACAGAUAUGGGCUCGAGCCAGAUUCAUACCUGGGUAAAGAUGGAUGGAGACAAAUAGCACACUUCACACAGAUAGUACAGAAUGGUACGUAUCUGAUUGGGUGUGGUUACGCCGAGUGCCCGGAGACCCAGUACGUGCGAUAUUACGUGUGUAACUACGCUGCAGGGCAAACCGACCUAGCUUACCCAUAUACUGCUGGGUUAAGAUGCGAGAGUUGUCCGAAUAAUUGUAUCAACGGGUUAUGUGAUUGCGGAGGACUAGUGUGUUAUAAUGGAGGCACUUUAGAUGAAAGCUCGUGCAAAUGCGAAUGUUCUAAACCUUAUACCGGCGAGAGAUGUGAAAUAAUUGACUGCCCCGUUAGCGACAACUGGAUCUGCGGCCGUGACUGGCCACCAAGCUAUUGUGAAAGAUUCUACAACGUACCCGAGGAAUGUCCUUACAUGUGUGGGAUUUGUGGUGAUGGAACAGCUAUCACGAAUGUAGUUACCACGCCGAACAUUACAACAUUUACGUCAUCGUUCGGAUGCCGCUACACUGGGGUCCGGGACGACGAAGCAUCUUGUAGAAACUACGGAGAAAAUGGUAACGAUAUGAGAAUGUGUUCAAGUCAGGGAGGAACGGUGGGCUGCGGAGAAUGUGACCGAUACUUUAACAUAAAGAGAGACUACUGCCCAGUCAUGUGCGGCCUCUGCGACCCUCCAUGCGCGGGCAAGAGAUGUAGUAAUGGAGGAACAUUGGACACGAACACGUGCGCUUGUAGCUGCAGAAAACCUUUCACUGGUGACACGUGUGAAUUUGCUCAGUGCCCAAUCAAUGGCGACCCUGGGUUUUGUCGAUUCUGGCCGCCAAGAUAUUGUCAGAUGUAUUACAAUGUACCCGAGGAGUGUCCCUACAUGUGUGGCAUCUGUAAAACGGAAAAUGCCCAAGUAAGCGUAAUGGGAACGCCCGAACGCCGAGGACAGCCACUGAACAACCCCGUUAUUAAUACCCGGGCAAGACCUAAACGUUUAACAGAUGCUGCAGAAACUCGUCGAAAACGAUGAAGAAGUAAAUAAAAACAACUCAGAUCUGAUUUGUGAACUGUUCUUUGAACAUAGAGAGUGUAAUUUAUAAAAGUUACAAAAUAUUUGAUCAUGUUAUAUUUAUUUGUAUUUGAGUUAAUGUGGUCAAAACUUGUACGUACUGUUAAAAAGUACUUGUCCACAGUUUAGGUGAAGAAUUCCAAUAUCUGCUUUUGUUGUGGGUCCGUAACAGCUUCGGUUAUUUUCGUAUAAGUACGUAUUACAACGUACAAUGUUUUAUUCGUACGCUGUUUCGACUUGUGCGUCGGAGAUGGAGAGUCACUUGGCUCUCCGAGUCGACGAAACAGGUGAAAAACUCUAACGUAGAUCUACGUAAUCACACGAAAAUUGCCAACAUCCGUUACGGGUCCAGUACUAUAAAUGAAUUACUGAGAGGUGCAUGUAAUCAGAAUUGAUAAUCGGUAAUAAAAUGUACUAAAUUAUA